GGAUUCCUCCAGCUGUUUUUCUAAUAGAGUGGAGAGAAAGUGAGAGGGUGAUAGUCAAAGAAGGGCCGGAGACCUAAACAGCCUGAUAGGAGGAAGACAGAGAGUUAAAGAAGCAAAGGAUGGGGUUAAAGUAAGGGAGCAGAAGAGAAAGAGGAAGAGGAGUUCAUCCUGGAAUGACUGUGAACUAGAAUAUCACAGCUGACGGGGGAGUAGAGCAAGAGAGAGACAGACACGUUCCCAAUAAUGGCGAGUCUCCCCAAAGAGCCACCCGAGGAUGCAAAGAAACAGAGCUUCUGGAUGCCGGGCAAUUAUGUGCGUACAGUGCACCGAACUGAGCAGUCCUUCCAGGCCUGCAACGACAUUGUGGCCUGUUUCAUGGAGAGAGCAAAGGUAGAAAAACAGUACGCCCAGCAGCUCAGCCAGUGGAGCAGCAAGUGGAAGUCCAUAGUGGAUUCUCGGCCACUUUAUGGCUCCCUCAUGAGGGCGUGGCAGUGUUUCUUCACUUCCACCGAGCGUUUGUCCGAACUCCACUCCUCCAUCUCCCAGUCUCUCAUCACUGAGGAAGGGCACCGGGUGAAGACCUGGCAGAAGGAGACCUUUCCAAAGAAAAUCUUUUGUGGGUUCAGGGAGAGCCACGACAACAACACAAGUUUUUCACAAGCCCAGAAACCUUGGUCCAAAAAGCUGAUAAAGCUGGAGAAGGCUCGAGUUGCAUACCACAAGUCGUGCCAGAGGGAGCAAACAGCCCUUGACAAAGAGAAACAAGCAAAUGAAAACUCUGAGAUGAGUCCAGAGAAAAAGCAGAAGAUCACCGAGGCCAGAGAGAAGACCACAGAGGAGAAAGAAAAGACUAGAGAUCGCUAUGAGAAACUGCUGGAGGAUGUGACGUCCUACACACCUCACUACAUGGAGGAGAUGGAGGCCAUUUUUGAACAGUCGCAGGAGGAGGAGAGGAAAAGGAUCAGCUUUCUGAAACAGGCUUUCCUCUCCAUCCACAGACAUCUGGACAUCACCAACAAUGAGAGUGUGAAGGCUGUGUACAGUGAACUCCAUCAAACUCUGAUGGCCAUCAAUGAUCAGGAUGAUCUCAAAUGGUGGAAGAACAACCACGGUCCUGGCAUGCCCACCGACUGGCCAAAGGUUGAGGAAUGGGUUCCACCAGUAAAAAAGCUAAAUCGAAAGAAAAGAGACCAGAAAAGAAAAGAGAGCCGACCUGUGAUGAUUGGGGGUGUGAAGGUGCGAGCUCUGUACGACUAUGUGGGAGAGGAGGGUGACGAGCUGUCCUUUAAAGCAGGUGAAAUGUUCCUGAAGGUGGAAGAGGAGGAUGACCAGGGCUGGUGUAGAGGAGUAUUGAGCGGAGGGAAGGAGGGCUUCUACCCGGCCAAUUAUGUUGAAGUUGUCGAGUGACAUCACGCUGUCCAAUAUUUUAUGUUGUGAACUUAUCUCUCAUGAAGAGUUUGUUUUUAAAUCUUCUAAAAUUAACAAUUAUUAUCAUUUAACAUCUAAGAUGUUUCUGAUUCUGAGUUAAUGUCAGAUAUAAUCUGUUCCCAGCUAUUUUGAAAUGUAAAGCUUUAAGGCCUUAAUAUUCUAACCUACUUGGUUUGAGUAUGAAUUAACUUAUCACACUAGAAUGUACUGUUUGUGGAAGAGUUAUAUGUGUAUAUGUGUGAGUGUGUAUGUGUGUUUGCAUGCAUGUGUGCACGAUCAGAUGAAACAAAAGAAAACGAGAGAAUAUUUAUUUACCGCCAUCUUGUCUGAGUCAUUAGGUUACUGUAAUAAAAAUAGCUGAUAAUGAAAGGUUUACCCAGCCACAGGUUUACCAUGAUGUGUGCCCACAAGGUUAAUGUUUACUUGAUGCGUAUUAUGCAGAAGCACACAGAAGUUACUUUGACUGAGGGGAAUGGAUUUUCACAAUAAAACUAUAUUUGUUUUGCUUCUAA